UGGCAGCCACAACAACAUACUGAAGCUCCGUCAGUCUCGCCCUGCGCUCAGCAGCAUCAUCAUCGUCCCUGCCGGGUCCGGUGACAGAGAGAGAGCGAGAGAGAGAGAGGGAGAGAGGGAGAGAGGGAGAGAGGAUGGUCCAGCGGAAAAGCAGCCGGGGGAUGCGAAUGACAGCGAGAUAAGAUAAUGGCCCUCAAUUUACGAAGGUUUCCGAACGUGCCGCUGGUUACCAAGUGAAACGACCGUGGGAGGAAAACACUGAACCAUGUUGCUCUAAAGUUGUGACCUGUGGUGAACGGGGGAGGAGGAAGAGGAGAAGGAGGAGGAGGAGGGAGGCAUAGGCAGGCAGACGGGCAUCUGCCGCAGCUCCCGUUAGGGAGCCCCAAGCAAGUUUGAAGCCAUGGGCAACACAGCCACUAAGUUUCGCAAGGCCCUGGUUGGUGGCGACGAGGCUCUGGCCUGGCAGCUGUACGAGGGCAACCCUCAGUUCAGGGACGGCCUGGACCCGAAUGCAUCGUACGGAGAACAGUACCAGCACAACACGGCCCUGCACUAUGUCUGCCGCCACGCCAUGACACGUCUGCUCAGGUCCUUCCUGUUCAGUAAAGAGGGGAACCCCAACAAGCGUAAUGUGCACAACGAGACGUGCCUCCACGUGCUGUGCCAAGGCCCGCAGAUCCUGCUGCUGUCCGAAGGAGCGCUGUCACCGCGACUGGCACGACCCCAGAGAGACGAGCAGCGCCGCGCGGACUGCCUGCAGAUGAUCCUGAGCUGGACCGGCGCCAGGCUGGAGGGAGGCCAGUACGAGAAGGCCAAUGUCAACGCCAGCGACAAUCACCACAGCACCUGUCUGCACUAUGCUGCCGCCGCGGGCAUGAAGAGCUGCGUGGAGCUGCUAAUCCAGAGCGAGGCGGACCUUUUUGUGGAGGAUGAGGACAAGUUGACGCCAUGUGAUCAUGCCGAACGGCAUCACCACACCGAGCUGGCCCUCAGCCUGGAGUCACAGAUGGUUUUUUCCUCCUCUUCAGCUCAGCAGUCAAACCCAGACGCACAUGGCGAAACCAACCUGCUGCAAUACAAGGAGCCUUAUGAGGGACUGAAGCUUCAGGACCUGCGCAAGCUGAAGGACAUGCUCAUCGUCGAGACAGCAGACAUGCUGCAAGCCCCCCUCUUCACUGCUGAGGCCCUGCUCCGAGCACAUGACUGGGACAGAGAAAAGCUUCUGGAAGCCUGGAUGUCAGACGCUGAGGGUUGCUGCCAGCGCUCAGGCGUGGCCAUGCCCACCCCGCCACCCAGCGGAUACAACGCCUGGGACACCCUACCUUCACCUCGCACCCCGAGGACCCCACGCUCACCCCUCACACUCACCCUCACCUCCCCGACCGACAGCUGCCUCACGCCCGGAGAGGAGGGCCUGUCUACGUGUGGCAUCUGUCUCUGCUCCAUCUCGGUGUUUGAGGAUCCAGUGGACAUGUCCUGUGGACACGAGUUCUGCAGAGCAUGCUGGGAAGGGUUCCUUAAUGUAAAGAUUCAGGAGGGUGACGCACACAAUAUCUUCUGCCCGGCCUACGAGUGCUACCAAUUGGUGCCGGUGCACGUGAUCGAGAGUGUUGUUUCCAGAGAGAUGGACCAGCGAUAUUUACAGUUUGACAUCAAGGCAUUUGUAGAGAACAAUCCAGCCAUCCGCUGGUGUCCUGCAGCACGUUGUGAGCGGGCGGUGCGUCUCACUCGGCCAGGCCCCGGAGACAGUGACCCACAGAGUUUCCCCCUGCUGCCCUCCCCAGCUGUCGAUUGCGGCAAGGGUCACCUCUUCUGCUGGGAAUGCCUUGGUGAGGCCCACGAGCCAUGUGACUGUCAGAUGUGGAGGAACUGGCUCCAGAAAGUCACAGAGAUGAAGCCUGAGGAGUUGGCAGGUGUGAGUGAGGCCUAUGAGGACGCUGCUAACUGCCUGUGGCUGUUGACCAACUCCAAACCGUGUGCCAACUGCAAGUCGCCCAUUCAGAAGAAUGAGGGCUGCAACCAUAUGCAGUGUGCCAAGUGUAAGUACGAUUUCUGUUGGAUCUGUCUGGAGGAAUGGAAGAAGCACAGCUCAUCAACAGGAGGCUACUAUCGCUGCACUCGCUAUGAGGUCAUCCAACAGCUAGAGGAGCAAUCCAAGGAGAUGACUGUAGAGGCAGAAAAGAAGCACAAAAGUUUUCAGGAGCUGGAUCGUUUCAUGCACUACUACACUCGCUUCAAGAACCAUGAACACAGUUAUAAGUUGGAGCAGAAACUGCUGAAGACGGCUAAAGAGAAGAUGGAGCAGCUGAGCAGAGCCUUCAUUUGUCGUGAAGGCACUCCUCCAGACACGCGUUUCAUCGAGGACGGCGUUUGCGAGCUGCUGAAGACGCGACGAGUCCUGAAGUGCUCUUACCCAUACGGCUUCUUCCUGCAGCAAGGCAGCACCCAGAAAGAGAUAUUUGAGCUCAUGCAGACGGACCUGGAGAUGGUUGUGGAGGAUCUGGCCCAGAAGGUGAACCGGCCGUACCUGAGGACACCCUGCCACAAGAUCAUCAGCGCGGCCCGUCUUGUGCAGCAGAAGAGGCAAGAAUUCCUCGCGUCGGUGGCCCGUGGCGUCGCUCCCAACGAUUCUCCUGAGCCUCCACGCAGGAAUUACCCUGGAGGAUCGUGGGACUGGGAGUACCUCGGCUUUGCCUCCCCUGAGAUGGGAAGUCGUCACUCUGUACUGGGAGCAGGAGAGCGGGAGAGACAGUCGCAGGAUUAUGCUGACAUCCAGUACCGUCGCAGACACAGGCCACGGCGCAGGGGUGACAUGCUGAGUCUGCACAAUCUGAGAAGCAGCAGCAACACACCGGAGACCAGCAGGAGGAGUGACAGUACAGAAGCUCCGGAGAGAAGCGAGAGCCGCAGGAGAGCGCUUGGCUCCCUGGACGAAGAUGACCCAAACAUCCUGCUGGCCAUCCAGCUGUCGCUUCAGGAGUCCCGCAGAGAGCGAGGCCUGGAGGGAGGCAUGGAGGGGAGACUGGAGCUGGAGCGUGGACUGGACAGAGGACAGGAGAGGAGGCCAGGUCCCGUCGCAGACCUGGGUGACGUCGCUUUGCACUCUCUCAACACAGACGGCCCUCCUGGAGCCAGAGGUUCCACCUUCCCCGCUUCUCUCCUGGAUCCUCCUCGACCCCCUAACAGGACAGACUCCACAUCCCAGCCUUCCGUGUCUAGCACCCUUCCCCUCCCUCCUCCACCUCCCUCCCUCAGUGCGGAGCUGCUGGAGCUGGGAGACAGCCUUAUGAAACUGGGGAACAUAACCACUCCUUAUGACCUGGACGCACACACACAGGAGCUCUGCUCGCACCACACAUACAACCACACUACACUCACCGCCCCAUACAUCGAUCCCGCUUACAGCGACUGCAGCCAUAGACAAGACCAGAAUGCACUGAGCACUCCGUAUGUGCUCGAUCAUAUCACCGUCACAGAUCCUCGCUAUGACAGCAAAGAGCAGAGUUACUGCCACUCCAGUGGUUAUUUGGCUGAGGCUGAACAUACUGCCUCCUGCGCACUUGAACGCACCCAAAACCCGGCCCAUCCUAGUUCAUAUAACCGGGAACACGCAGCCACAUACGACAGCACCCCGAAACCAGAUAGCUCUUACAACCCCUGCCCAGAGCACAGUAGCUCUUACACUCAGGAGCGUCCCUCCGCCUACGCUCUUGAACGCCCAACCAAAUCAGACCCCCAGCCCCCCGCCCAAUUGUGCCUCCCGUCUCCAGAGCUCGAGCCGGAUCUGCUGCUUUCGCCGGUGAUCCCUCCAGGGGGCCCUUUUACCCCCAGCGACCCUCAGAGUCUGGAGCCCCUGGACCCCACAGCCAGUGCCCAGCUGCUGGACAACAUCAUGGCCUGGUUUAACAACAACAUCAACCCCCAGAACAACCCCCAGAGCCUGGCCCUCAUCCCCUCCCCACCCACCACAGAAACCGACUCCUCCCCUGACACACACACUGAGACUGAGUCAGAGAGCCAGGCCUCCAGGGACGUGACCCCCGCCCCAAUCUGGCAGCCCCUGGAGGGUGAGCCAGAAGCGGACAGGGGGUCUGGGAGCCCUCGUCUAGGUGCUGCGGGCACGGAGUGCCCGAAGACGUCCAGGCCCAGCACUUUGGACCUGGAGAACAGAAAGGCUUGCGAGGAGGGUGUGGACGCUGGGUGUGUGGCUGACCUGUCGCUGGACGAAGCGCACACACACCCGUGCUCACACUCCCAACGCGGAAACAGUCCCGCACACACUGCCCCGGCGACAGAGACAGACUUAGACCUCAUCCUUCAGUUAGAGGGGGACCAAUCAACUGAGGAGUGGGAGGAACAAGUACACCUAGUGUGACAGCGGCUGAACAAUGUGGAGAGAGAGAGGAAAGAAAAGACUGGGAAAAGUCGAGAGAAGAAUUUAAGAUGUAACGGUGAUGCCUCAGUGAAAGAUGUCGGCCUUUGGGAGUUGAGUGUUUACUGUGUGUAUUAUACUGUAUCUAGAGAGGACAGAAAACCCUGCGGACUUUGUCCAGUAAAGAUGAUGUCAUAUGCAUUUUUUUUUUAAGUGCUUUUGUCUGCUCUAAAAAAACAGACAAACUAUUCUUUGAAACAAACAGUACAUCAAUGGAAAGCUACUGAUAUCAUAACGCAUAAAAUGCUGCACAUGUUUAUGUUUUCUUAGUUUAUUUAUUCCCUGCCUCUUGUAUUUGUCGUCUCAGUUUGUCCGGGGGUGAAAAGUUUUGGUGCUGAAAUCCAGACUUGCCUCGUACGCCCACACUUUAUCGACACACUGACCCAACCUCGAGCCUGUACAGAGCUCCUGGAGCCAAAUACGUUGAUAAUUGUAACCUUGGAGCUUGUUUAGCGUACUGUACAAUCAGAGGGGCCUAAUUCAGAUUUUUGGACCUUCACGCACACGGUGCCUGCUUUGUUCAAGAGCCCAACGCACUACUGAUCUUUCCUUUUGGUAGGCUGCAAAGAACAGUGCACUACACCUGUUAGGCUCAGUAAAUGUCAUGCCGGUACAACAUGCUCAUCUGGAUUUUAUGGCGGUAAUAAUUCUUUUGUGGUCCUGCAGUGAUCACAGGAGAGAUACGGUCUGUCCCUCUGCACAGGGAGGUCAGGGGUCAGGUCAGGUCUUGGCUACAGAGCAGCGCACUUAAGAGUGAUAGAAACUCAGCAUCAUGGGUGCUUGUUGCCGCGUAAUUCUGUCUUUUUCAGAGAAGAGCUGUCGUCCCUAUUGCUGCGUUUUCCAGCUGCUUUGGCUCAGUUUAGUUUUCAUUAAAGAGUUUAAAUGUGCAAAAGGCUGCACCAACAAUCGAAAAAAAAAAAAGUAUCGGAGCAUUACAGUAUUGUGUUCUUCACUGAAUCGUGUAAUAAAUUGUAUUUAUUAUAUUUUAAUAUAAAAUGGUUCAUAUCAGCUAUAAAACAGUAAUUUCCAUGGAAACGAAGUAUUCAACAGUCCUUUUAAAAAUGUGAUAUUUAUGUUUAAUAAUAAUCUUUAUUUCCAGAACUUUUUUGAGAAAAAAGUUACAAAGUAAUUCACGGGCAACAAACUAAAACUAUAAAAUGAUUUAUAGUAAAACUGAUCAAGCCAAAUCAAAUGGUGUAAGUCCUGCUGUAAAUAUAAAGAAAUCUGACUUUAUACUACAAUGAUGAUUGGACUUUACUGCAUCUGUUUGCAUCAAAACUGAGAUAUUUCACCACUAACCACUCAUAAGCUUAAUUAUCAAUUUGUUUAUUGUAGUUUGAAACAUUAAACUACAUGUUGCACAGCUGUAACUCGUCAAUAGCUUACAACAUUUAGAGAUUUGCCUUCCUUUUGUCCCCUCUUUUAAAGUAGUUUUGUUGCAGCACUGCUCACCAGAUGAUGAUGCAUUCAUUCAAUGAUCUGUAUUAUUAAAACUCCUGCUAAUAUGACCAGCCUCUGUUCUGAAGAUUGAGUUCAUUUUUUGUCUCUUUGCACAUUGAAACGGUUAAACUGAGCCAAAACAAAAAUCAGACAAUACUGAAAAUGGAAACCCUCAGAUGUAAUUAGUUUUUAAUCAUAUCUUUUCCACUACUGAUGGCUAGUACAGUGUGCUGUUGAUGGAUGGGUCUGGUUUGUAAAUGUAAUUUAUCCUUUUUUUAAUUAUUAUUGUUAUUAUUCCUUUAUUUCUUACAAUAGAGAGGACAUUUCUUAAAGUUGAGACCAGAGUUGUUGGGUUUGUGUGCCUUUUUGUUUCGAUCAUAUUUGUUUCUUUGUUGGUAUUUAUUAGAGUCAUUACUUCUUUUAAAAAAAACAUGCUAAAAAAUGCUCAUGAAAGAUAAUGGAGAACACAUCACCAAACACUGAGGUUGACGCACAUUUUGUCCUCACACCCCAGGUACUGUAUAUCUUACUUUACAUUAGCCCCAGAGAAGUGUCUGCCAUUCUACUUGAUCAAAAACAGCUUGAAGCUGCGUGUCAUUUGUUUUAGAGUUUUCAUUAUGUGUAACAACCACUUUAUCUGCCCAUUGUUCAAAUGUGUUCGGCCUUUGAUUUUUCUUCAUUUUAAGAUGCGAAAUCUUGAUUCUGGGUUGUCAUUCAGCCUUUAUCUUAAAACAUUAUUGCCCCACUGUAAUGUUUACAAGAGAGUUAAAAGUUGCCUGUUGUGUUGGGAAAUGAUUUGGUGCUUUGGAGACUGAAAUGAUAAUAAUAGUGUUUUAAUCACACUUUCAUAGCGGGCCAAACUACUAAAAAGAUCCAGUUUGAGAGCAAAUUCUUAUUUUAUUAUAUAUAUUUUAUUCCCUUAAAAUUGAUAGUUUGAGUUUCUUUAAAGUGUGGUCUCAAUUUUAAAGCCCUGAACUGACACCUUUUCCUCUCCGUAUUGAACGUUAAACUGUGAAGGUGCUGGAAGGUUUGUAGGUGCUGAAAAGACAUUUCAUAAAAGCCUGCUAAGAUGUGAGGGCAACCGGUGACGCCCAUAACAUUUCAGACAUUGUUUCCAGAGGAAUGGCUUGUUUAACACGACUGCACACAUUUAUUUUAGGUUGCAUGGUUGCAACACAAUGGAGGCACUGAGUCCGAGUUAUUUAAUUUGCACAAGCAUGCUGUUAUUGUGUUAAACUAAUCAAGUGCUGCCAGGCAAGAUGUGGAGGACUGAUCAGUUAGGCUUUUAUUAUUAUUAUUAUUAUUUUAUUUUUGCUUUCUCGAUUUAGAAUUGGAUUUAUGGUGUCAAAGGAAUGGUCCUGUGCCAUUUUGUACCCCAUACAAUGUUUAUAUAUUAACAAUCCCUCAAACAAUCACUUCUGAAUUGAAAAAAAAUUGAAAUUGCACUCUCAUAGAUUAUACUUGAUACAUUCCCAGUCGGUCCAUAAGAGAGGCUUGAUGUGUGGCCAAAACUGUAAAUGAAAGUGUCAGUGCAAAGUUUACUCUCAAUAAAAAGAGUUGAAAGUG